AGAGAAAAGAGGAGGGGGAGGAUAGAAAGAGAUGAGGGGAGUGAUUGCGCCAUGCCACACACACUUGAAGCUCAGUCUCCCUUGGAGACAGUGGGAGCGCUGAAUCAAGGCAUGACAGUACAACAGUAGAGUCACUGCACUUUCGCUGAGCUAUCUCCACUGAGCUGUGUCACUAUCCAGACAGACAGAGAGACAUAGAGAGCACCAGUAACAGAGCGCUGGGCUGGAGAGGAACGGAGAGUCACGACUGGAGUGCUGGGAAGAAGACAGAAGAGUUGAUGGGGGGGGGGAGCGGAGGAGUCAGAAGUCUGAGGAUGCACGGAGCUAACAGGAGGAGCUGCUGAGUGUGCAGCAGCAACAGCCCGGGCACACACACACACACACACACACACACACACACACACACACACACGCACGCACACACGCACACACACACUUCCCAGGGAAGGACAGUGUUUUGAGCCCCCAGUGGAGGAUGAAGAAGCACUCAGCCCGAGUGGCACCUCUCAGCUCGUACAGCACUCAGGUCUUGACCUGCCCCAUCUCUGAAGGAGAGGAAGGUUCAGAGUCUCAUGCAGAGACACUAGGCAGUGAGACCAGCGGAGAGAGCCGGUCCUAUCAGACAUGUGCCAACGCAGCUCUGAAGGUGCUGGGUGGUCUGCUGAUGGUGCUGUGUGUCUCCUCUUCCUGGGUGGGUACCACUCAGGUGGUUAAGCUGACCUUCCAGUCGUUCUCCUGUCCCUUCUUCAUCUCCUGGUUCAGCAGCAACUGGAACAUUCUCUUCUUCCCCAUCUACUACUCUGGACAUGUUGUUAUCACACGGGAGAAGCAGACCCCCAUACAGAAAUUCAGGGAGUGCAGCAAGCUCUUUGGGGAGGAUGGGAUGACUCUCAAGCUUUUUGUGAAGAGGACAGCACCCUUCUCAAUCCUGUGGACACUGACCAACUACCUGUAUCUCCUGGCCUUGAAGAAGCUAACCGCCACUGACGUUUCUGCCCUCUACUGCUGCCACAAGGCCUUUGUCUUUCUCUUGUCCUGGAUUGUUCUCAAAGACCGGUUCAUGGGUGUUCGGAUUGUGGCAGCUAUAAUGGCCAUAACAGGUAUUGUAAUGAUGGCCUAUGCUGACGGUUUCCAUGGUGAUUCCUUUGUGGGUGUGGCAUUGGCUGUGGGCUCAGCCUCAACAUCAGCUCUUUACAAGGUGCUGUUCAAGAUGUUCCUGGGAAGCGCCAACCUUGGAGAGGUGGCUCACUUCCUUUCCACCAUGGGCUUCUUUAAUCUCAUCUUCAUCUCCUGCGUGCCCCUUAUCCUUUAUUUCACCAAGGUAGAGCACUGGGGCUCACUGUCCUCGCUGCCCUGGGGAUACAUGUGUGGACUGGCAGGACUGUGGCUGGUGUUCAACAUCUUGGUCCAUGUUGGCGUGGUGCUGACAUACCCCAUUCUCAUCUCCAUAGGGACACUGCUCAGUGUGCCAGGCAAUGCAGCUGUAGAUGUUUUGAAACAUGAGGUGAUCUUCAGUGUGGUGCGUCUGGCAGCCACCUGCAUCAUCUGCCUGGGCUUCUUGCUCCUGCUGCUGCCAGAGGAGUGGGACUCAGUCACACUGCGUUUCCUGGCAAACGUCACAGACAAGAAAUCAGAAGAACAUGGCGAGGAGCUCACGGAGUCCAGUGUUAACACUCGAAGCCGCAGUCGGGCAAAUGGCACUGUCUCCAUUCCCCUGGCAUGAGACAGCUGAGCUCUGGUAGUAACUUCUGUUAACCAGUCUUGAAGCAUUGUCUGCUCAUGUUCCCCCAUUAAACACCCAGGAGGUGUGGCGGGAUGCUCGGUCCACAUGGACUCCUUAUCAGGAAGGCAGGGAUGUUUAAAGGAUUGGCUGGAACUUUGAACUGGAGAUGUAUAUGUGUCUCUGCCGUUUAACUGCUGGAGGGGAAAUUGAGAACAUUUAUGGAUUUUGCAAACUGAAAGAGUUGAAAGUGUUCUUUACUUUCUUGAAAUAUUUGCCACGCUCAGUCCCAUUCCUCGCACGCACCUGAACCAAGAGCUGUCUGUCCUCCCCUGACCUGCUCUGCGGACUGUAUUCUGUGAAUAUAAACAUGGGCAGGGCGAGUUUGGCUCAAUCUUAUAUGUAUUUAUGAUAUUUAUUUAGAGAUGUAUGAGCCAAUAAGAGUAUUAUUUUAAGUCUUAUUGAAUAGUGUUAUAUACAAGAAUGGCAAUUAUACUAUGCGUAAUGUACAGGCUCUUUUGGUUUUAUAAUAAAAGACUUAAAACCCACAUUUAUAGCUAUGUUGUUCUUACCGGUUGAACACCAUCAACACCACUUGUGUGUGGAUAUUUAACUAUAUGUAAUGACUUUUACAUUUUCUUCCUGUUUCCCAAAUCAGCACUGACAAGGAUGCAUCUUUGCAGAUUAAACCAGGAGAUCAUGUCAGGGCCAUAGCCA